AUGGCAAAAGUCAAAGGUGUAGUGUAUGAUUUUGGCGGAGUUUUGUUGUCGUAUGAUAAUGUGCUGGGAAAAUGGCACGAGAUGUCGGAGGCGUUGGGUUUGGAGCCGGAAGUGAUGCACAGGGAAGCGGUGGGCACUGAGUUUUCGAAAUGGUUGGGUCCCGAUAGGAGUUUGUUUUUGGGUAAGCAUUGCUCAGGUUAGAGAUAGCCUAAGUCAAGUUCUAGAAGUUUCUUUUGAAAAUUUAUAAGAUUGCUCAGGUUAGAGCUUUUUCAAAAAUCUCAAAACCAAAACAUUGCUCAGAUUAAGCUUCAUAAUAAUGAAUUGCCAAACUUUCUUUAAAAAAUUCAAAAAGUUGCUGAAAAUUUCGUUUUUUUCAAAAAUUCAUAACAUUGCUCAGGUUAGAGCUUUUUCAAAAAUUCCUGAACCAAAAGAUUGCUCAGAUUAAGCUCUCCAAGCUCAUAAAUUUGAAUUUUCCUGAAAAUCUCAGUUUCUUGCUGAAAAUCUUAUCUGAAACUCUUUGACAACAAUUUUUUUCUCACAAACUUUCAAAAAUUCAUAACAUUGCUCAUACUAGAGCUUUUUCAAAAAUUCCUGAACCAAAACAUUGCUCAGGUUUAGCUCUACAAGCUCACGUACAUUAACUUUCUGAAAAUUUCAGAUUCUUGCUGAAAAUUUGUUUUGAAAUUUUUUUGACAUUAUUUUUCCCCAAAACAUUAAAAAUUAAUAACAUUGCUCAUAUUAAAGCUUUUUCAAAAAUUCCUGAACCAAAAGAUUGCUCAUGUUAAACUCUCCCCAAACUUUCAGGAACUCUAACCGUAGACGAGCUCGAAAACGGACUUUUCGUCGAAUUUCUCAAGCAAAAAUACGGCGAGAAGAUCAAUGCAAAUGUUCAAGUCAGACCUUAUUCGGAGUGUUUGAGGCCGCCAAAUGCAAAGUUUGUGAGUUGGGCUAAGUCAGGCCUUAGGCCUAAGGCCUAAAGCUUAGGCCUAGGGCCUAAGGCUUAGGCUUAAGCCUAAAAGAACAUUUUUGUAGCACGAAAAAAUGGUGAAAAGUGUGGAGGUUCUUCAUGAAAAUGGUUUCAAAACAGCAAUGUUGACGAAUAAUAUGUUUAUUGAUGAGGUAAGUGAUUUAGGGUUAGGCUAGGCCAAGGCUAAGGUGAGGCCUAAGGAUAGGCUUAAAGUUAGGCUUAGGCUUAAGGUUAAGCUCAAGGAUAGGCCUAAGAAUAGGUUUGAUCUGAGUCAUCAGCUUAAAGUUAACUCAAAUCUUAGGUCACAGCUUAA